AGAGCUGGACCGCAGAGUAGAGGUGGGGGAGCAUGAUUCAUUCAGGAGGGCAGAAAGGAACAUCACAUACCAAACACUCAUCAUCAUCAUCAUCAUCAUCUCUCUCUCUUUCUCUCUACAUACACACACACACACACACACACACACACACACACACACACACACACACACACACACACACACACACAAACACGCACGCACACCAGGAAGAUGGUGCCCAGCUUGCACCGCACAGCAUCAUUCCUACAAUAAUGGAACACCAAGACGACGACAAGAUGACUAGACGUAAAGCCGACAAAUUACGAAAUCCUCUAUCAUAAACACCCGCAACAUGUAGGGGACUAAUUCAUUCACCUCGGGAAAAAAUCGUGGAGAUGGCGGUGAGGGUAUUUUAUUUUAUGGAAUGAUCUGGUUUUAGUCUUUGCCUUGGCGACGAUGGGCUCCCAGGUGCUUCAGACGUUCCGACAGGGGGUGUGGGCUUCCCUGACCGGCGGAUGGUACCACGAUCCCGAGCAGAGUAAAUUCAACAACUCCUGCCACCUUUAUCUGUGGCUCUUCUUGCUCAUGUUGCCUCUGUCCUUGCAUCUGGCUCUUCCACCUACCAGUCUGUCCCUCAGUAUUUACUGCACCUCAGUGACCAUUUUCUUCAUCCUCAUUAAGAUGGUGAACUAUCGUCUUCACGUGAUGUUCGAUGAAGGUGAAAUCGUACCUCGAAACAGUGUGUCUGACAUCAGCAAAGGUGCAGAAAAAAAGAGUAAUGCCUCAGACACCUGUCGUCCAGCCAGCCUGAGGAAGAGCAGCACAGUACCUGAUGGUGUUGCGAUGGCAGUAUUGACCAGAAAUAGGCCAAGUCCAGUUAUCCAAGUCACAGUAAAGCAGACUGAAACAGACACUGGACUGAUUGGGGAGUGCUCAAAAAAGGACUCAAAGAACACAGAGGGCCAAGAUGAAACAUCCUCUCAGAAGAAGUGUAAGGAAAGAACGGAGGCUGAGGAAAAACUGACCCCUGAAGAUGCAUUUAGUCCUAAUACUGACCAAUCAGCCCCACUCUUACAGUCAGAGCAGAGACAGCCCACCCAAGAGGACACGGCUGAUGAAGGCCUGCCGCCUUCUAGAAGCAGUGAAGAGGAGAGGAUCCAAGAAGAAGCUGAGAAAGAGACACCUCCACUUACGGACCCCAACAAUAUUGGUAGCCAGACGUUAGAGGACAAUGAGGUUGAGGAGGAAGAAAAGCCUGAGGAGACCUACUGCUCAGAUGAAAUCUCUGUGGUACUGGUUGACAAUUCUGGUUUAGCGACCUGCUUGGAUGAGAAUGAUACAGUAAAGAUCAUCAUCACAAUGAGCUGUGACCCUCAAACAGCAGCAGAGCUGGAGGAGUCAGUCAGGAUCAGCCUCAUGGAGUCAGCUCAAUCCCGCCUGGCUCAGCAAGACCAGAUGGGGGAUUCUCCUGUCAAAAUCCCAGUUAUAACCUUCGACUCACCUCGAGAGGAGGACGAAAGCUGCGUCAAAGAAUAUAAAGAAGGGAGAACAAUUUCUAAUGAAUUAUCCAAUCAGGAACAGUCUGUGGUUCAGGAAAUUCAAGAAUUAAAUGAGCCAGUUUGGUCCCAUUCUGCCAAUCAGCAAACAUUGUCCAUUGAACAUGAGGUAGAGAAUCUCAGUCCAAUCACUAAUAACAGCUCCUCGGGCAUUGAUGUGCGUUCCCAUCAAGAUGAGAGUGAGCACGCUGAGCUGAAGUCAGACACUGAUGGAUUCUUGCAAAUCCCUUCUGGCAUGGGGAGGUUUGGUGGAGGAGGAAGGAUGCAUGCAAGAGGACUUAGCAUUGACAGUGGAAGGGACGCUGUCCUGAUUGGCCAUCGAGCCAAAUCCAAGCUGCAGACUAUGACCUCAUCUAAGUCGGACUUGGAGGAUAAGGAUGGCCAGUUGCCCAAUGAGACUAACUUUGUGGAGUUUGUUUCAAUGCUGGAGUCCAUUAGCGGUACCAGAAGUGGGGGCAGGAAUCAGAGAGAGGAUGAGCAGAAGGAGGAGCAGAAAACUAAAACAGAUGAGGACACUAAAAUGGUGGGGAAGAUCAUAGAAAGCUCAGAUGAGGCUGGACAGAAAGGCCCUAUAAACCCUCCGAACAGUCUACAGACUACAGACACACUGCAUGGCCUUCCAGAGAAACAGAUUCCCAUCGUCUCUCCAGACAGUCCCCAGACAGAUAAAGAGAGGGAUCCGGACUAUGACUCGCUGCCUUCUCAGACAUCUCAAUCAGAGAGCUCAAUGCUACAGGUUAUCUGUAGACCAGAAGCAACAUCUAAAGAGGAGGCCUACACUUUCCACACAGUGCACAGGGACAGACCUCGAAAGCUGUACAAUGAAAGAGCGCUAAAUUUACCUCUCGGAGCUGAACUCAUCACGGGAAACAUAUGUGAUCUCCUUUCCACGUCCUCCAACUCUGAGUGCCAGGAUGGGUUAGUGGGUGGGCAUCCUGAUUGUCCGUUUCAGCGCCGCAUCAUUCCAGCUCACAGGAUUCGGCCAAGGAGGACACACCCUGAGAUCUUUCAGGAAGAGGAUUCUCUUGACGACUCUUCUGACACGACCACUGAGGAGAAGCCGUCCCGGAAGCUCUACUAUAAGCUAAAAGUUUUUCCUGGGAAAUGGAUCAACAUCUUGUACGAUCGGCUGACUUUAAUGGCGCUGUUGGACAGGAAUCAGGACUGGAAGGAGAACAUGGCUGCUGUGUUUUUAGCGUUCCUGGUUGCUUUUCUGGGCUUUGUGCUACUAAACCAGGGUUGCUUUAAGGACUUCUGGGUUUUCCAGUUUUGUCUCGUCAUGGCUAGCUGUCAGUACUCGUUAUUAAAGAGUGUCCAGCCGGACGCUGCAUCACCUACUCAUGGGCAUAAUCAAAUUAUUGCCUACAGUCGAGCUGCAUAUUUCUGCAUGUUCUGUGGCCUUAUUUGGAUUCUGGAGUUGAAACUGAAAAGAUCAGACCUUCCUGUGUUCACCUUAUACGGCAUUCCGAUUGUCAUGUCUGACAUGCUCCGAUUUGUACAAGACAUUUUAAUUGGCUUUACAUACUGCUUUCCGAUAACCUUCCUCCUCGGUCUGUUCCCACAAAUCAACACAUUUGUUAUUUACAUUCUCGAGCAAAUUGAUAUACACUUCUUUGGUGGAACAGCUGCAACUGGUCUCCUCUCAGCCGUCUACUGUAUAGGGAGGAGUCUGUUGGUGUUAACGUUUCUGUACGGAUUCGGUCUCGGUGCACUGAAGGAACCUUGGAACGAGCAGCACAUCCCAGCGCUGUUCUCUGGGUUUUGUGCUCUACUGGUAGCCCUUUCAUAUCAUCUCAGCCGACAAAGCAGUGACCCCUCUGUACUGUUUGCUUUGUUUAAAUCCAAAUUCAUGCCAGCCUUGGGGGAAGAUGAGAUUGAGGAAGAGCCUUUUGAGGAUGAAGAUCCUCUUCCAAAAAAGCUCCAGAGCUCAGUGAGACAGAUACUGAUCUCUGACCUGGCUAUGUGUACCGUCGCUUCAGUUUUGACUUUUGCUGUUACUGCCAGUACUGUCUUCCUGUCUUUAAGGCCCUUUGUCACUAUAGUGCUGUAUGCUCUGGCAGCAACUGUGGGUUUCGUCACCCACUAUAUCAUCCCUCAGUUACGCAAACAUCAUCCCUGGUUGUGGAUCUCUCGACCAGUGCUUAAGACUAAAGAGUACUCCCAGUUUGAGCCCACAGAGGAUGCUCAGCUGAUGUGGUUCGAGCGGCUCUAUGUAGGGCUCUUGAGUUUUGAGAAGUAUGUUGUUUACCCUGCCAUUGUGCUCAGUGCCCUUACUAAUGAUGGCUUUGCCCUCAGCCACCGGAAAAAGCUGGGUAUACACUGUGAUGUCUUAUUGAUGACAGUUGCUGGGAUGAAGCUUCUGCGCUCGUCCUUCUGCAACCCCAGCUACCAGUUCCUCACGCUCAUCUUCACCAUCGUUUUCUUCGAGUUCGACUACAGCAGGGCUUCAGAGACCUUCCUGCUCAACUUCUUCCUCAUGUCCAUAGUCUUCCACAAGCUUUGGGAUCUUAUGCACAAGCUGCACUUUGUUCUAGUCUACAUUGCUCCCUGGCAGAUAGCAUGGGGCAGCGCCUUUCACGCCUUCGCCCAGCCCUUCGCUGUGCCACAUUCUGCUAUGCUGUUGGUUCAGACAUUAAUCACCACCGUCUUUUACACUCCACUGAGCCCGUUUCUGGGCAGUGCCAUUUUUAUCACAUCCUACCCACGUCCUGUCAAGUUUUGGGAGAGAAACUACAACACAAAACGUAUUGACAAUUCCAACAGCAGACUGAUGUCUCAGAUUGACAAGGAUACCGGCUGUGAUGAUAAUAAUUUAAACUCAAUCUUUUACGAGUACCUGACACGUUCACUGCAGCACUCUCUGUGUGGGGAUCUGCUGCUGGGCCGAUGGGGGAACUACAGCACAGGCGACUGUUUCAUACUGGCCUCCGAUUACCUCAAUGCUCUCAUCCACCUCAUCGAGGUCGGCAACGGACUCGUCACCUUCCAGCUGAGGGGGCUCGAGUUCAGGGGCACUUACUGUCAGCAGCGGGAGGUUGAGGCCAUUACUGAGGGCGUGGAGGAGGAUGAGGGCUGUUGCUGCUGUGAACCGGGUCACCUGGCCCACGUCCUCUCAUGUAAUGCUGCGUUUAAUCUGCGCUGGCUUGCUUGGGAGCUCACCACCACCAAGUACGUGCUUCAAAGCUACAGCAUCAGUGAGAACAACGCAGCCACAAUGCUGCAGCUCUACGACCUUCGCAAACUGCUCAUCACCUACUACCUCAAGAGUAUCAUCUACUAUCUGGUGAUCAACCCAAAGCUACAGACGUGGCUUAAGGAGCAGUCGAUCCAUGAGGCCCUGCAGUCCUACAGUAAAUGGCACUACAUAGAGAGAGACCCAGUGGUGUUCAGCGUUAAGAUCGACGAAGACUAUGUCCACUGCCUACAAGGCGUCACUAGGGCCAGCUACUGCAACGUCUAUCUGGAAUGGAUACAGUACUGUGCCAGCAAGAUGGAACAACCAGUGGACUGUGAUGAAGAUUCUCUGCUUGUCACAUUGUGUUUUGCUCUGUCCGUCCUGGGCAGGAGAUCUCUAGGCACUGCAUCGCAUAAUAUGUCCAACAGCUUGGAGUCUUUCUUGUACGGCUUCAGCACUUUGUUUAAAGGAGAUUUCCGCAUCUCUUCCAAGGACGAGUGGGUCUUCGCUGACAUGGACCUGCUCCAGAAGGUGGUUGCACCAGCGAUUAGGAUGAGCCUCAAACUUCAUCAGGAUCACUUCACGAGUCUGGAGGAGAGCGAGGAGCCGGCCGUGCUGUACGAGGCCAUCAGUACUUACAGGAGCUCGCUGGUGAUAUGUGACGAGAACGACCCGGCAUGGAGGAAGGCCGUGCUGUCUAGCAGAGAUACGCUGCUGACCCUACGUCACACACUGGACGACGGCAACGAUGAGUACAAGAUCAUCAUGCUGUAUAAACGCUACCUCAGCUUUAAAGUCAUCAAGAUCAAUAAAGAGUGUGUGCGUGGGCUAUGGGCAGGACAGCAGCAAGAGCUCAUCUUCCUGCGUAACCGUAAUCCAGAGCGAGGAAGCAUCCAGAACUCAAAGCAGGCAUUGAGGAACAUGAUCAACUCGUCAUGCGACCAGCCGCUGGGAUACCCCAUGUUCGUGUCUGCCCUCACCACCUCAUACGCAGGAACACACAAGCACACGGGCAGCAUCUGGGGCGGCACGCUCAGCCUCCAGGGCAUCCGCACGUGGCUCUGCUCCCGGUGGCUCCGUGUAAGGAAGGACAAUCUGACGAGUUGUAACAGUGGCGUGAACAUGGAAGACGUGGACUGUGCUGGAUCGUCUGUUAGUCAAACUCACAACUCUGUCACCUCCCAAAGCGCCAGCACACACCAGCCGCAUCCACGCAGCUCACGCACCCGACACCACAGUACAGGACGUCGAGAGUAUCGCAGUGGCUCAGUGCAGCCUCAGUGCCAGCGAGCUCCAGUCACCAGUCGCUCCGGUCCUAUUCUGGAUGUCCAGCAGGGCUCAGGCUCUAACGGCGUGGUCCAGCGCCUAUCCAACAGUCAGCUGUCCUUCAACACCUCCUCCAUCGCCUCUGUUUUCUCCCAGGUGCCACGUGUGUCUGCGGCAGGUGUCGUGCUCUCGGGUCAGCCACGCUGCAGUCAGGCCUCCUCCUCCAGCUCCACUCUCAGCCUGCUGUUCGGGAAACGUAGCUUCUCCAGCGGCCUCGUCAUGUCCGGUCUCUCUGCUGCUGAGGGAGGAAACAGCAGUGACACACAGUCAUCAAGUUCUGUCAAUAUCAUCACCCCGGGACCAUCAGUACGCCACACACACACACAGCGGACAUCAGAAGCAUAUGAGAGUAUAGACGCCACUUUCACCGUGACUUCAGGGCCAAAAGACAACACAGCAUCCGGGGAGAAGAGCCAGGAAGGAACCGGCUCAGGAUCGGGCACGGGCUCAGGCUUUUACGAGAAGUCGGAGCAGAAAACCACCUGAGAGCCUCUCAGCAUCUGAACACAACUCACAAAGACAUGAUUUAUAUACAAAAUCAUUGUAAAGGUUUGAUAUUGAAGGUACAUUAGUGGUACGAGGUAGUUAACAUUCCAGUAAGACUGUGUGGAGUUGGAGUAGAUCUGUGUAGAAGAUCUGAGUGCUGAAAGUCUUCAGUGUGACUAGAACUCUGGAUGUCCUGUGGGACUGCGAUCAGGAGAUGAUGUGCUCAAGAUACAUUGGAUUUUUUUUAUUCAAAUGCUUUAUCCUGGUUAAGGGUGGAACUGGGGAGGCUGUACCAGGAACACUGGGGACAAAUACACUCUGAAUGGGAUACCAGUACAUUCCAUACACACACACACACACACACACACACACACACACACACACACACACACACACACACACACACACACACACACACACUCACUAUAAACUACAGGGAUUUUUUUAAGAGGUUGGAAGUAAAUGGAGAACAAAGAGAAACCACUUACAUAUACACACAAACACACACAUACAUUAACUACAGGGAUGUUUUUAAGAGAUAGGAAGUAACUGGAGAAAACACACACAUACACACACUACAGGGAUGUAUUUGGAGAGGUUGGAAAAAAAUAGAAAACGAAGUGUAAACACGCACACUCACACACACACACACACACACACACACACACACACACACACACACACACACACACACACACACUCAACUCACACACACACACUCAACUCACACACACACACUCACCUCACACACUACAGGGAUGUUUUUUAAGAGGUUGGAAGUAACUGGAGGACUAAGAGAAAACACACACAGAUAUACACACACACACACACACACACACACACACACACACACACACACACACACACACACACACACACUCAACUCACACACACACACUCAACUCACACACUACAGGGAUGUUUUUUAAGAGGUUGGAAGUAACUGGAGGACUAAGAGAAAACACACACAGAUAUACACACACACACACACACACACACACACACACACACACACACACACACACACACACACACACACACACACACACACACA